CUCAUUAGAAAAAUAACAACAAAAUUUCAAGAAAUUCAAGUUUGGAGAAAGAUGGAAAUUCAACUGCAAGAUCAAGAACAAGAGAUGCAGUACCAAGGUCAGAUAUGGAAUCAUAUUUGUGGAAAUGUUGAUACACAAGUUCUUAAAUGUGCAAUUAAAUUAGGUGUUUUUGAUACCAUUCAGAACUCUGAUAAGUCCAUGUUAGACUUAACCGAGAUGUCAAGCUCAUUAUCUUUAUCUCCAAUCAAACCCGAAAACUUAUAUCGACUACUGAGAUACUUGACUCAUAUGAAUCUUGUUACCCUUACUUCAGUUGAAGGAACUGAAAUGUUUUCAUUAACCGACUUAUCCAAGUUACUACUUGGAAAUCAAGAAAAGAGUUUGAAGGACUGGGCACUAGGCAUCGGCCACGAAGAGGGGAUGGGAGUAUGGCACGAACUAAGCAGCUCUUGCUCGAUGCUGGCCGGUGGGCCGACGCCUUGGGAGAUGGUUUUUGGUGAAGGUUGUUAUGAGUAUACAGAUAAAGAACUGGGUGACACAUUCAACAAAGCUAUGUCUAGUGAUACCAGAUUGGCAAUGCCUGCAGUAAUCCGAGGUUGUGAUAAGAUUUUGAGAGGACUUAAUUCAUUAGUUGACGUCGGGGGUGGUAAUGGUACCGCUAUGAGUUAUGUUGUUAAGGCAUUUCCUCAUGUGAAAUGCACGGUUUUCGAUUUACCCAAAGUCGUUGAGAGGGCUCAGGAAUGCCAUGGUGUUGAGUUUAUUGGUGGUGAUAUGUUUACUUCAAUCCCUCCUGCUGAUGCUGUUUUUCUAAAGUUCAUGCUACACAACUGGGGAGAGGCUGAAAGUAUAAAUAUACUGAGGAAGUGCAAGGAAGCAAUUCCGGCAGAUAAAGGUAUGGUGAUCAUCAUGGACAUAGUGCUGGAUCAAGAUGACGAAGAUGAUAUUGAUAUAGUACGAGCAAAAUUGAGCCUCGAUCUGGAUAUGAUGUGUAUAGGAGGUAGGGAAAGGACUAAAGAAGAGUGGAAAAAUCUACUUGAGAUAUCUGGCUUUACGAGGCAUGAAUUCCUUCCAAUUGUUGCCAUACAGUCGAUCAUUGUUGCGUAUCCUUAAUUAAGCAACCAUUAAAAGCUUUUCUUGUGUUUGUUUAGAAAUAGUCAUGCAUUGCUCUGAUUUUUGAGGUUUCUGGUUAGAAAGUCUUGGACAAUCUUGUCUUUGUAAGCUGGCUAUCAAAGCUAGUUUGGCCAAUAGACUUUCUGUUUGUUUCUUUUCUUAUUUGUUUGUUUGUUAACGUUAAAGUCCAAUGCGAGUGUCGUUUUUCUUUUUUUUUUCUUCUGAUUUCAAGUUUACCAACUUUAAAAUCGCUGGCCACUGGUAAAUGACAUUUGGAAGGAAAUAUCUUGAUCCUGUCAAGCUUGAUCACUCGGAAAAGAAGUUAUGGGACAAUUGGAUGAUAUAUAUGAAGUAGUUUAAUGUUUUUGUUUGGAGUC